GGGGUCACCUGUGUAUCUGCUCGCUUCUUUAUAUAAAUGCGCAGAUCUUGCAGAACAAAAUAAUUGUACUUUUGCCGCCUAAAGGCGACAACUUGCAAACAUGGUCGUCUGGAAGAGUUGUCUACUAGCAUCCUUGUGGGUCUGCUUGAUUUUUAAUAAGGCUCAAGCUGAUGAGCUGGAGAGUCUAGAGAACUUUUUAGAAGAGACGGUUAUGUACGAAGAAGACGAUGGAAAAGUUUUGGUCAACCUUUUCGACACACCAAGAGGCGUUCGAAACUUAGCACCAGUUUUCGGCAAUUUCAACCCCAAUCUGCGGCUUGAUACGUGCAAACUUCUGGGGGAGGGCCGCUUUCCAGUAUACGGCGACUGCUCGAAAUACCUUGAAUGCGCCAAAAACGAAAACUCCUCAUCCUACACAAGGCGGAUAGUGCAAUGCGACUACGAAAUGUGGUUUAACGUGCAAGAGAAAGUGUGUAAUUUGCGGAGAUCUGAAAACUGCCCGUUGGGUCGUUUGGUACCGAACGCGAUGGUGAUCCACGACCAAAAUCCAGCGCAAAGCACCGAGAGAAGCGCAUCUCAAGAUGUUUGCAAAGCACCAGGAUUCUUUCCACAACCAGGAUGCCGAGGUUUCAUUCAUUGCCGAGCGACCACUUCAGGCUUUGAGAGAUCCGAGUACUUCUGCAGCGGACAAGGCUUUCUUUGGAACGAAAAAAAUUACACUUGCGCUCCAGAGUCAGAAGUUACUUGUUCUGUUCCUUUAAAUGAAGAAACGUGCCUUCGAGAGUGCGUCGUGGGAGACAACAGGACUUGCCGUUACAAUUUCAUUGUGCACGAGUUUGUUAGCAUGAGCAGUGUCCACUGCGGCAACUGCCCGCGCAACCUGGAUGAUUGCAACUUGCCAGGUUGCAUCACCGCAGGUGGUCUAUCAAAGCCCUUGAUUGCCAUUAAUCAGAAAGUUCCUGGACCCACAAUUCAAGCCUGCAAAGGUGACACUUUGGUGAUUACCGUGCAAAACAGGCUGCCAAGUUCAGCGGUAACAAUUCACUGGCACGGUUUGCACCAACGCAAAACCCCUUUCAUGGACGGCGUGCCGUACAUCACACAAUGCCCAAUCCACCCCGGCAACACUUUCCGCUACAGCAUGGAGGCUGACGUGUCCGGAACCCAUUUGUACCAUUCUCACAUUGGGCAUUUGGAGACGGACGGCCUUUUCGGCGCAAUGAUAAUCAGAGAGCCAAAGAAGUUGGAGCCAGGCUUGACUGGUCGGUACCAAGAAGAUUUGCCGCAACACCAAAUGCUUGUUUGGCAUUGGUUUGAAAGGGCGGCCGACACGGAGAGUUUGGACACGAGGCUGUUGAGUCGGCGUCGAGAAGGUUUUGGUCUGAUAAUCAAUGGCAAAGGUGUGGUUGGACGCAGAUUUAAUGAAUUUGGAAACCCUCUGAUAUCUCCAAUUGAAACGUACCACGUCAAAUCUGGAGUAAAGUACCGUUUCCGAGCAAUUUACAAUUCUGCCUUGAACUGUCCUGUGCAAAUAUCAAUCGAUGGCCACACACUAGAUAUUCUUGCAGUUGACGGUCGCCCCAUUCACGCAACUGCAACUAGACCCCAGUCUUUCAUAUUAAGUGCCGGAGAGCGAGUAGAUUUUGUCCCUCGUCCUAUUGGGCAAACUAAAAACGCAGCAUUUUACGUCCGAGCUCGCGGGCUGAACGACUGCGAUGACCAAAAGAACGCGGUUAACCAGUUUGCAAUUUUACGGUACGAUAACUACAAUGGAAAAGUCGAAAACUAUCCACCCCCUUCGUACACCAACGCCAUUCGAUCCGGAAUUACGUUCAACCUGAACCGAGACAUUAUAAACCCCGUCACCAAUUCAAGGAUGGUCUCCAGAACGGUUGCCGACCACUAUGAUGCCAGACCGGGAAUUGAUCUGAGUCUGAGUGGUACUCCCAAUUACAGAUUUUACAUCGAAGCCAGUUUCAAUUUAUUCACAGCGGCGGAGGGAAUACAGACGGUUUUGCCGCAGCUGAACGGAAUUAGCUGGAGCAGCCCUUCUUUCCCGCUUUUGACGCAAUCUGAGUUGGUCAACAAUGCAACCGUUUGCACCCAAUACAACCGCCCUAGUAAUUGCCAAAGUCGACUGUGUCAGUGCACGCACACGGUAGAAAUUAAAAACGGAGACUUGGUUGAGCUCGUCAUUGUGGACCCUCGUGGUUUAAGUGACAUUGGGCACCCUUUCCACCUGCACGGUUUCGCCUUCCAAGUGGUCUCCCAGUACGCUUUCCAGCAAGCGAUUACAAUGGAUGAAGUUCGCAAUCUUGUGGAAAGAAACAGAAUCCCCCGAAACCGCGACGGCCCACUGAAAGACACGGUGCUUGUUGCAGGAAGAGGACUUGCCAUUGUCAGAUUUGUAGCCAACAACCCUGGUUAUUGGCUGUUCCAUUGUCACAUUUCCGAGCACAUGGCCUUGGGUAUGGCGCUCAACUUUAAAGUAGGAGAAAACAAAGAUAUGGUGCCGCCACCAAAGAACUUCCCAAGGUGUGGGAAUUAUUAGCAAUAUAUAUGCGCUCAAAUGCUAGAAAUAAAAUGUAGCUCUGCGCCUCUCACAUUAUGUGUCUAGCAUGUGUUCCAAGUUCAAGGAUUUCUAUAAAAAUUUAAUUUUUGUGGAAUUAUUAAAUUUAUAGAUGAAUAGUGAAUAAUUGUGAUUUAAAAAAAAAACUGUGAUCAACAUUUUGUUACGCUAAUAGUGAAUGGGAGAAACAAUAAAAAUGAAAUUAAUAG